AUGGCGGAAAAAUACCCCAUCGGUAAUCGGUCGGAGAGCGAGCGCCUGGUACGAGACUGGGGCUUCAAACAUGUCUUCACAUGUAAUGCUUACUACUCGCCUCACACGCAUGAUGGUCUUACAACCCACCUCAUUCGCCGAGGUACAUUCACAGUCACCUACCCAGAAGACAACUCCAGCCUCCACGGCGGCCAAGUCAAGAAAGAAACUUUUGGUGCUGGGGCCAGAAUUGAUGUACCGGCCGGCAAAGUCCAUGAGGUUUGGAUCGGGGAUGAGGGGUGCGAAUAUGUGAUUGGGGAAUAG